AUGGCGACCAGCUCGCGGGGCCUGCCCAUCUUCGGAACGAGCAACUACACGACUCCACGGUGGGUGCCCGAGCCCAACAGCCGGGGCACGUGGUCGCUGAUCCAGAGCUGCCUGCUCACGCUGGGCCUGUGCGUGUUUUCGGCCAUCCACCCCAACGUCUUCCACCGCGGGUCGCGCUUGUGGACGCGGUGGCUGGUGCGCUUCAAGUGGCUCGUGGCCGCGCUGAUCGCGCCCGAGUUCAUCGUCUUCAACGCCUGGUCCCAGCGCCGCCACGCCGCCCGCAUCACCCGCCAGCUCCGCCGCCGCGCCAGCCAGCCCGAGGACGGCAAGCGCGGACCACUCUCGAGCAAUGUCGUCGCCGACCUCGGAGAGAGCGGGAUGACCGCCGCGCAGCCGUCCACGGGCCUCAUCCACGGCUUCGCCAUCGUGAUGGGGUGCCUGGCGGUCGACAUGUCGACAGACCCAGAGCGCGUGUGGCCCGCGAUCUGCAACCGGCUGACCAUCACGCCGGCGUGCUUCGAGGAGUGCUUCAGCCGGCCCGAGUUCGCGCCCAUCGACCUGUCUUUCCUGACCAAGGACCAGAUCAGCACGCGGCAGAAGACGGACCACCUGGCCAAGACGCUCGUGCUGGUGCAGGCGCUGUGGUUCUGCCUGCAGUUCGCCGCGCGCCUGUGGCAGGCGCUGCCCGUCAGCCUGCUCGAGCUCAACACGUUCGCCCACGCGCUGUGCGCGGUUUUCAUCUACGUCCUGUGGUGGCACAAGCCGGGCGUCAUCGAGGAGCAGUUCGUGCUGCGUACCGAAACGUCGGAGGCGCUGCGCGAC